AUGGUUGAAAAAUCGUCAGAUUAUGAUUUCGCCGAAAAAAUGGAAGACAUGAAAAAGUUUGUUAUAGAUGAAGUGAGAAGAAAUUUGAUAUACAAGAAACCUAUAGGACCUAUUAUGAGCUCAAAAGAUAUUUUAACUUUAAGCCAAGAACAGGAAUCAAAAUUCAAUGAAGAAGUACAUGAAUUAGGGUUACAUGUGAAUAGUAUACAUCAUAAUUCCACUCCAGCAUUUUUAUAUGAGAUGGCUUUAAAAUAUGAAGAUAAUUCUUUUAUUACUAGCACUGGUGCUUUGUGUUGUAUAUCUGGAGAGAAAACUGGUAGAUCUCCAUCUGAUAAAAGAAUUGUUCAAGAAAAAAGUUCAGAAGAUGAUAUAUGGUGGGGUCAUGUAAAUAUACCUAUUAAAGAAAAAUCAUAUGAAAUUAAUAAAAGUAGAGCUAUAGAUUAUUUAAAUUUACAACCAAAUUUAUAUGUAAUUGAUGCAUAUGCAGGUUGGGAUGAACGUUGUCGAAUUAAAGUUCGUGUUAUUACAUCUAGAGCUUAUCAUGCUUUAUAUAUGUUGAAUAUGCUUAUUCCUCCAAAAAAUGCUGAAGAAAUACAAAAUUUUGUACCUGAUUUUAUUAUAUAUAAUGCAGGAGAAUUCCCAUCUAAUAGGUUAACAGAUGGUAUGUCUAGUAAAACAUCAGUUAUAUUAAAUUUUGGAUCUAUGAAUAUGGUUAUUCUAGGAACACAAUAUGCUGGAGAAAUGAAAAAGGGUAUACUAACAUUAUUUAUGUAUAAAAUGCCAAAGGAAGGCAAAUUACCAUUACAUUCUUCAUGUAAUAUAGGAAAAAAAAAUGAUGUGACCUUAUUUUUUGGUUUAUCUGGUACAGGUAAAACAACCUUAUCAGCUGAUGCUAAUAGAUAUCUUAUUGGUGAUGAUGAACAUGUAUGGACAGAUGAUGGAAUAUUUAAUAUAGAAGGAGGUUGUUAUGCUAAAUGUAAAGGAUUAUCUAAAAGACAAGAGCCUGAAAUAUAUAAAGCUAUUAAAUUUGGAGCUAUAUUAGAAAAUGUAGUUAUGGAUCCAGUUACAAGAGAAGUAGAUUAUAAUAAUUGUACUAUUACAGAAAAUACAAGAUGUGCAUAUCCACUUAAUUAUAUAGAAAAUGCUAAAAUCCCAGCAUAUAUACAUACACACCCACAAAAUAUUAUAUUAUUAACAUGUGAUGCUUUUGGUGUUAUACCACCAUUAUGUAAAUUAGAUGUAUAUCAAAUGAUGUAUCAUUUUGUUAGUGGAUAUACAAGUAAAAUGGCAGGAACUGAAGAUAAUAUUCUCAAACCAACAGCUACUUUUUCUUCAUGUUAUGCAGCUCCAUUCUUAGCUUUACAUCCAAUGAUAUAUGCACAAAUGCUUGCAGACAAAUAUCAAAAACAUAAACCAAAUGUAUGGCUUCUAAAUACUGGAUGGAUUUAUGGAUCCUAUGGUUCAGAUAAAGGAGUUAGAAUACCACUCAAAUAUACACGUCUUCUUGUAGAUUAUAUACAUGAAAAUAAAUUAAACAAUAUUCAAUAUAAAAAAACACCUAUCUUUAAUUUUAAUAUACCAGAACAUUUAGAAGGUAUACCAGAUGAAGUAUUAGAUCCAUUGAUUGGAUGGAAAGACAAAGAAGAUUAUUUAACAAAUCUUAAAAUCUUGGCAAAAGAAUUUAUUAAUAAUUUUUCGUUGUACUUAGAUAAGGCAGGUCCAGAAAUUUUAUCUGGAGGACCCACCUUAUAA